AUGCAAAGCAAGCUUGAUGACCUCUGCAAUAGCUCCAAGGAUGCAGGUCUCACAGUGAAUGUCGCCAAGACCAAAUCGAUGAGUAUAAACGCUAACAUUUCCCCUAACUUCAUAGUAGCGGGAGAACAGGUUGAGGAGGUCGGAGGAGGUCGGACUACGCCGGAUUACGGGACCACGAAAGAUGUUGCGAUGCGCAUAGGCAAGGCUCGGGGUGCCUUUGCAGGUUUGCGCAACAUUUGGCACUCAAACCAGAUCACCCUGCAAACGAAAAUCCGUAUCUUCAAUUCUAACGUGAAAUCCAUACUGCUGUACGCCUGUAAAACGUGGUGCAUCUCGGCGGAUGUAACGCAAAAACUGCAGGUUUUCGUCAAUCGUUGCCUGCGUUCUAUUAUUCGUACCUGGUGGCCUCACAACUGGAUAUCCAUUCGGAAUUCCACCGUCGAUGUUGCCAACGGCCGAUAA